UUAAACAUGUUAACAGUUUUUUUGUAAAUUUAAUGCAAUGCAUUUAAGUAUCAUGCUUUGACAUUGCAUAAUUAACCAUAAUAAAAUUAAAUUCAGAGCCCAGAGUGAGAAGCUGUUUUGUUUAAUUAGUUUGCUACCAUUCACACGCUCAGUAAAUAUGCUUUCCAGUAAAUAUGACAGAGCCUUUGUCAUGUAUAUGAGUGUGUGUGUGUGCUGAACACGAGCUGUUAUCUGAUACCUGAACAGACUGCUGUGGGGAGCAUGUCCACUGACUGUGUGAGGUCACUCUCAGACAAAGCUGAACACACACUCACCAUGCACGAACAUCUCUAUGGGAACGCUGAAAUGGACAAUCAGAAGCACAGCUCCGAGGAACAUCAGCAGGACAAACUGGGACAGAAGAAACCCCGCAGGAAAGACACUCCUGUACUCAACAGCCCUCCACUCAUACCAGGCAAGACUUUGAUUUCUGUCAUCCUUUCACUCAAUCACCCUCACGCCCUCUCCAUCCAUCUCUCGUUGUCUCUUUGUCUCAGCUCUUUGCACUUUUCUUUCGCAGGCGUGAGAUUGAUGAAGACAGAGGCUCGACUGAUUCAUCAGGAGGAUGAGGAGAAGGAGAUGAAGAAGUAGAUGUCUUUAAAAAUAUUCAGUUUUCAUUCUUGGUAGUGUUAUUUUUGAUUGUCGUCUGAGCCUUCAUUAAAUGUAGGUUUUGCAGAUAUUUUUUGCGUUGUCAUUUCGUCAUUUGAGCGUUAUGCUGUAGAAACACAACGUGGAAUGAUGCAAAGAACAUCGUAGCAUAAAGGUUGGAAAAGUGUGAAUUUGAUGUAUAAUUCUGAAAGUGGUGGUCAACAUAGUAUGUACAUGUACAGGUGUUUCAGUGUGUGAUUACGUAUGAACAGCAGGUUACAUUAACUGGGUACAUCUCA